AUGUCGAAAGUGAAUGACAGAGCACUCCCGUUCGCUGACGCUGCAACUAUCGUUCGAGCCAACCAGAAGGACGCGUACUUUGAGUCUUCGCUCAGAACACACAUCAGUGACGUGCUCUCGUUGAUCAUGGGUAAUCGAUUUGUCAAUUUGUUCCCAGAGGAAAUCUCGGUGGCGGCAAAGGGGUUGUACUUGGGACUCACCACUUUACUAGGUGCCCGUACACUUGGUGAAGAGUACGUUGACUUGCUUUACGUACUGAGGCUGGGGCGUCGUUUGCCUCGAUUCGUUCAACGACUCGGCUUCGUCUUGCUGUACGCCCUCUUUCCUUAUGUUGCUCUGCAAUGGCUCAAGCGUAUGAAGCUUAAGUAUGAAUUGGCCCAGGAGAAGGACGGUGGGCGUACGGCGCCAUGGGCGGUGCGCUAUUUCAGCAGCUACAAAGCGGCUUUGGAUGCAUUGAUGAACUUACAUAUUGCCAUCUUCUAUUUCGAUGGACUGUUUUACCAGCUUUCCAAGAGAAUCUUUGGUUUACGUUACGCUCUUGGUCACAACCGUGACAUGAGUCAAUUGCAACGUGUUGGCAACUACUCAUUACUUGGUGCGAUCAUUUUACUCCAAUUCAUGCUCAAGGGAUUGAUGAAACUCAAAGAGCUCAACGACAAAUGGGCCAAGGAGCGGCGCCAACGCCGAGGUGAGGUUGUCGAAGAUGACGAACACAAAGACUACCUGACUGUCUCCGAUAUCGAGCAACUCAAGUCAGUUCGUAAAGUUGUCAUCGAUUUGAAUGACCCGAACCAGCUUCCGUAUAUCCCAGAAGGAUCACGCGACUGCUUAUUCUGCAUGACACCCAUGGAAAACCCCACCGCUGCUUUAUGUGGCCAUAUGUUUUGCUGGACGUGUAUCACGGAUUGGUUAAAGGAGAAUACCGAAUGUCCCUUGUGCCGGCAACAUUGUUUAGAACAGAACUUGCUUCCCUUGAGAUGA